UUCCGACCGAUCCCAUGCAAACGAGAGACCUAUUUAUCAGCAGUGAAAUGAGCAAAUUAAACACGAGCACAAUAGAAAGAUUAGGACAUAACAUUGACGACAUGCUGCUUCAUUGCUCCUUCAACAGCAAAAUAUGUAAUUCAAGUUUCUUCACACCAAUAAGCAGUACUCGGUAUGGAAGUUGCUACACACUCAAGUCCGAUAGCCUUGUCAGCACAACACCUGGACCACAAAGCGGCUUGACUCUGAUACUAAACAUAGAGGCUUACGAAUACGUUAGUCCAUCAAGCAGUGGAAAUGGAAUCAAAAUUGUGCUUCACGAACCAGGCUCUUACCCGUUUGUCGAGGAGCAGGGAGUGAAUAUAGCGCCGGGUCGAACCUCCAUUGGAUUAAACCGCGAUUAA